GAGUUUCCACCGGAUGUGGGUCAGGUUAUUGAACAGAGUUCAGUGGUAGGAUCUCUGCAGAGGACUCACUCCGAAACGUGUUACAUGUUAUUCCCCAGUGCUUCCACACACCCGCCUGAGGAAUGUCAGUGAAGCAUGCCAAGCCCAACCUCAACCAGUCUCAGGUGGCUGAGAUGGUGAAGAGGCUCUUCAGCCUGACGGCAUCAGAAAUGCACUCACUGCCAAGCUACGAUGACCAGAACUUCUAUGUGGCGGCUGUUGAAGGUGGCGAGUACGUCCUUAAAAUAAUGAACUCAGAGGACAGUAAGAACCCCACCCUGAUCGAGGUGCAGACCUAUGCCAUGGACUUUCUGGACCAGAAUGGACUUCCUGCCCAAAAAGCUAUUCCCAACACUGCAGGACAGCCUAUCAGCAUGGAAGAAAUAGAUUGUGGCUAUGGCUGUCAGACUUAUUUGGUCCGGCUGUUGACUUAUUUGCCUGGAAUCACUAUUUCCAAGGCUCCUUUAACACCACAGUUACUGUAUGAAACCGGCAAGAUGGCAGCCAGAAUGGACACAAUCCUACAAAAGUUGGAACACCCUAAUCUUAGCAUGCUGCAAAGAGAGAAUUUCAUAUGGAGUCUGUCAUACGUUCCCCUUCUGGAAACAUACAUGAAUGUACUAGAUGGAGAUCCUCUUCAGGAGGUUGUUAAGUCUGUCAUUCAUCAGUACAAGACCUCUGUGGUCCCCCAACGCUCCAGUUUCCGCAAGUGCAUUAACCAUGGGGACUUCAAUGACCUUAAUGUGCUUGUGCAACGUGAUGAGAGUGACAGCUAUAGGAUCUCUGGUAUCCUAGACUUUGGGGACAUGAACAGUGGCUAUUACAUCCAUGAGCUAUCUAUCAGUAUCAUGUAUAUGAUGAUGGAACACCCUAAACCCAUAGAAGUGGGUGGACCUAUCAUCGCAGGCUGGGAAAGUGUCCUUCCCCUCAAUGAGGCAGAAAAGGAUUGUCUCUAUGUGCUGGUGCUGUCCCGCUUCUGCCAGUCUUUGGUUUUAGCUCGUUACUCUGUGACUCUGCAUCCAGAAAAUGCAGAGUAUCUAAUGAUCUCAUCCAAGAAGGGCGUCCACAUUCUCCCUCAACUCUGGGAGCUUGGGAAGGAACAGGUGGAGAAGGUGUGGUUUCAGAGUGCUGCUCAAUUCAGAGACACUCACCAAAUGAAAUAAUAUGUUUUAUUCAGACAUAUAGGUGUGUCUGAAUUGGAGAUAAGUAUGCAAGAUGAAGUAUUAAUGCUCUAUGGUAAUAAUGUACUUUGAAAGCAAAAAUAAAGAGACAGACAGAACAGAGAAAGAAUAAGUAAGCAUUCAGGGAAAAGUGCUAUAUCAUGGGUAACUUUAUUAGUAACUCAUCAUGAAUAGUCCGUAGUUUCUCAAAUUUAAUAAGUGGCUAACCUUACUGGGGUUUAUAAACUUAUUUGGACGUGUGUACUUUGGUGUUCUUGUUUAUGGUAACACUCCACUUGGUUAGACAUUGGACUAACAUUUGAGUUUAUCAAACAUGUGAUGUUUGAUAAACUCAAAUAUUUGUCCCAAUUGCCUUUAUUUGUGGAUUACACUUUGGUACAGAGUUACUUUUAAUCUAUUUGCUUAUUUAUGGCCUGUGUUGUGUACUGUCCUCAAAAAAGUAUCCAAGCUGCUAACAAUUCUACAAGACUGAUUUUAUACAUGCACAAAAGUGACACUACAGCUCUAGGUCUCAGUUUACUCCUCACUACUAUGUAAACUAUUUAGUGUCUGUUAUGGGAGUAAGGAAUGAAUGAAAGAGGGUGUUAUUCUGGACUGCUUACUCCAUGUAUACUCUGUACUGUUUAUUUUUUACUCUGCUUGCAUACCGCAAUGUAUUUUUCUCAGAGAUAAUGGAUGCUUCUCAAAUUGCACUCUAUAGAAACACUAUCCUGAGAAAGUGUACAACACAAUGCCUUGACAUGCAAAUUUCAUGUGGUUUAACAAGUGACACAUUUAAUACUCAGGUUAACUGCCUAUAUGAAUUGUUGUGCGACUGGUGCAGUAUGACAAUUCCAGGGGAUUUUAAAUGUGUAACCACAAAACAAGAAGUCAUUAAAUCCUACACACUCUCCAAAUAUUUACCAUUUAAUACUUUUAUACUGAUCUCAAUAAACAUAAUCACACCUCCUUAAAAAGUCUGUUACAUAUUUUAAUCUGUAUACUUUUUUGAAGUAUAACUGUAUUAGUAGUUUUUUCUAUUCAUUACAAACAGAACCGGCCUUAAAGAAAAGUAGAGCAACAUUACUUACUAGAAAUGUGAAUACUGUCAAACCAAGGGAUGACAAUUUUUACAUGGUUUUGUACUUAGCAGGAAUUAUAUGAGGUAUGGCAGACUGUCAAGGAGAUAAGAAGAUAGAAUGUCUUGUUUUUGAAAAAUAGUCUCUGCUCUAGUGACCUAUUGAAGGACACCUGCAGUUAUCUAAGAGCCAAUUAAUCUUUAUGGUUUGCAUUGUAAAACAUGUUUGAAUUCAUCUGAGAAAGCUUAUAGUGUAGUUGCUAUUUUACUCAUGUGCUCACAUGCAUUGAACUGUGUGAACUGUUGUCACUCAGUACUCAGUGUUUGUUUGUAACAUGCAAACUGUAAAACAGCAAGUAUUAAUGACCUGCAGAAACAUUAGAAAUCCAUGCAGUUUGAUCUGGUACGAACACAAGUUUUCUAUAUUCUCCCUUUAUAUAAAUGACAUCCUAGUACUGACAUAGCAUUCUCUCACAUGGCUCAUUUAUUAGCUGUUCACAGUGACAUUGUUGUGUUAACUUUUAUUUUUAAAGUCAAGAUUGAACUUUCAUUCUAAAAUACAAUGAUGAAAAAAAAGUUCCUUAAUUUUUUAUAUUUACUCUGUAUAUUAUAUUGUUCAUGAGUAGGUUUAUCGUUGUCAUUGGGAUAAUAAGCUGACAUUUUCUCAGCAUGACAUUGAUCCGAAAUGCAGUCAGCUGCAUCUCCUUUAUGGUCACUAAAGGGUGAAAUGUAUUCACGAUAAUAAGUUAUUAUGUAAAAAUGUGAAAAAUACGAGAAACAAAUGUAGGAGCUAUGUUAAAGGGUGCUAAAUACACUCAAAAAUAUAAAUGCAACAAAUACAAAACAGACACAGUAUUACAAUACAUAGCGAACUACAAAAAGUCCAUUACAAGCUAUGAAUUCAACAAUAUCAGUUAAAGAAACAACACCCCCACGAUUCGGUCUCUAGGUCUUUCAGGACCCUUGUAUUUUUGUUGAAUGUAUGUGAAAUUUAUUGUGAAAUGUGGUUAACCAUGCUCAUCUGAUCUGUCAGCUUCACAUCACAUUACAUGAAUUAUGUUAUGGAUUGUGCUUCUAAGUUCAAUUCACAAUGUAAUAAACAAAACAAAUACUAAAACCAU